GCGGGUCCUCUUCCGAGGGAUGUGAGGAUAAAGCGAGCUAAGCAGCAAGCAGGCAGAGAGGGAGAAUAGCGGCGGAGGAGGGCAUGUUUGUGUGUCCGCUGCUCGGUGCUGCAGGUACGGUCACAACCGGAUAACAGGCUUCGUAGCGCCGCACCGGACCGCGGCGGCUCCACCUCGCUCUUUCUCCCCGUUCUCUACACGAGCAAAGGCGCAAACAUGUCCGGCGGGGGAGACGUCCGCGUCCUCCGCCAAGAAGCCGGCCAAGAGAGUCCGAGGAUGCCGGCCUGGAAGCGAGAAAUCCUGGAGCGGAGGAAGGCGAAGGGCGGCGUUUCCGCGGCGAGCCCUGCCCCGGAGACGAGCCCCGGCGGCGCCGCGGGGUCGCAUCACGUCAACGGCGACGAAACGGGAAACGCGAGCGGCGGCGGCGGCGCUGCUGCCGCGAAGAGAGACGGCGGCGCGAGCGGCGCGUCCGGGCGGAACUACACCAUCACCACGGCCAGCCAACACUUCGCCCACAACAAAGAGCUCCGAGCGGCGGCCCUGGAGAGGACGGCCCCGGCAGAGAGCCUGGUGCUGCAGGAGAGUCUGGGGCCGCUGGAGGAGAACCCGUUCAUCAAGCUGGAGAAGGAGCGCAGGAAGCGGCAGGACCGGGAGAACGCCGCACGCCCGAUGCAGCACAUCCUGGAGCUGUACGGCAGCGUCCCCGGGAUACGCACCAUCCGCGCCGAGAACAUCAUCAUCAUCGAGUCGGACCCGGACUACUUCCCGGAGGCCGGGGAGGGCAGAGGCUGGCAGCAGAACGGCGCGGACGCCUGCAGCUCCCUGGACGACCUGCUGGACCGGAGAGGCAGCGCGGUGACGGAGAUCAGAGCCAGGGAGGUGGUCAUCUACGACACCGCGCUCAGCCGCAGCGAGGAGAACCUCAGCACCCUGGGCCGCCCGGACCCCGACGCCCAGGGCGGCGGCGUGGGCGGCGACGGCGGCCAGGGGCGGGUGAGCCGCAUCCUGCAGAAGUUCGACUGCAACUACGGGAAGCUGCAGAAGAAGUCGCACAGCACGGAGAACCUGCUGGACCUGGAUUGCAGUGCCAGUGCCAGGCCGAGACAUCGGUCCAAGCCACAGCCAGAUCUGGUGCCAAAGCCCAGGCCGGGUCCGGUCGCCAGCGGCCAGCCAACGUCACCCGUCUUCCAGACCCCCUGGACCCCCAAACCAAAGCCACAGCCGGAGCAGCACCACCCGGGGUCCCCGCAGCCGGUGUCCUCCUUCCGCCAGCGGUUCGAAGGGCCCCACGACCCGGCCCCGGUUCCCAGAGACGAGCCGGACAGAGGACAGAGUAAGCUCACCAGGGAGCGGGACUGGGAGGGUGCAGAGGUGCCCCCCAGACCCAAGGUGCCAUGUUCCCCGGAGACCCGCCAUGCCCGUGCCGAGUCCUCCUCUCUGCCCGUCUCCUCCAAGGUCCUGCGUUCCUCCUCCGAGUUCGAGAUCCGUCCCUCGCCCAAGCCAGACAUCCAACAGAUCCCCGACGGGGACACCCAGGCCCGGGCCCUCGCAAACCUGCGUCUGCAGUCCAAGAACUCCUUCACGGUGGUCCCCAAGCGCCACCUCCAGGCCUCGGCCGCAUCCGGCAGCCCGGGACCCCCGAGUCCGGUCAAGUCCUCGCCCUCGCACAGGACAGCUGAGGCGCCCUCGUCUGGAGUGCCAACGCCCCGCUCCCCAGCACCCCAAUCCCAAACGCCCCACCACCCAGCUACCCAAACGCCCCACCACCCAGCACCCCAAACGCCCCACCACCCAGCUACCCAAACGCCCCACCACCCAGCACCCCAAACGCCCCACCACCCAGCACCCCAAACGCCCCACCACCCAGCUACCCAAACGCCCCACCACCCAGCUACCCAAACGACCCACCACCCAGCACCCCAAUCCCAAACGCCCCACCACCCAGCACCCACAAAGAAGAAUGAGGAGAAAGUUCAGGAGAUUAAGGAACCUGAAGCACCUCCUGUUCCCCCUCCAGCCUGUGAACCCGCAGCUCCUUCCUCUCCACCCGCCCUGACCCCCCCCUCUUCUUCACCACCCGCUCCAGAACAACCCGCCGCGGACAAACUGCCCAUCACCAACAUAGACGACAUCGAGGUGGAGCCCCCGCGGCGUGCCCCCGUCCCCAGCCCCAUGGUGCAGAGGAAGAAGGGCAACACCUUCACAGUGGUGCCCAAACGUUCGGCCGAGCCCCAGAAGAGCCCCGCCGAGCCCCAGCAGGAGGCGCCGAGCGAGGCCCCCGAGGGCCCCGCGGCGGCGGCGCUGCGGCCGAAGUACCCCCAGCUGGGCAACCGGCUGAAGAAGCGCUACCCUGCUGUGGAGGAGAUAGAAGUCAUCGGAGGGUACCUGAGCCUGGCCAAGUCCUGCCUCUCCAAGAGCGGCUCAGAGGGCAAGAAGCUAAAGAUCUCGUUCAACGAGUCGAGCCUCCACAGCACCUACGAGUAUCCGUCGGAGAGCAGCGUGUGGGACAGCGGGGAGGAGGACGAGGAGGAGAAACAGGAAGGGACGCCGGCGGAGGAGCAGCCGAGCAUGGUGGGACGUUUCCACAUCCCGCGACCCAGCCUCAUCGACUCGCCCGUCCACACGGAGAACGGCAACGACCUUUCCAGCUACAUUCCCAAGCACUCCGUGGACUUCAAUGCCUGGCAGGAAAACAAACAAGAAGACAAAGUUUACCAGAAAGAAGCCGCCUCGCCACAGCUCUCAGAGGAGGUCAUGCUGACUCCGGCGGACAGCGCCUCCUUGUCCGACUACAGCAGCGAGCCGGCUCUCUACUUCUGAUCUCCUCCGACGCUCCGGCCCCGACUCCAAGCACACGCCGCUCUGUUUUCCCCGACCGGAGAGGCUUCCGACUUCUUCGGGAUAAAGCGACAAAUCGGAAUAAAAUACAAAGAAGCAGCUGGGCUGUGUUCCCCCCCCCCCCCUCUGAUCGUGGACAGUUGAUCUGUCCGACGCUCUCGCUCGUUGGUGACGGAGUUCAGUGUUAGGACUUUCUCUGCUUCUGUACAGCUUAUAAAUAGCAGACAUUAAAAACUGGAAAAACAACAAAAAAUUAAGGUAAAAGGGUGCCACAACGAUUUUAUUUUCCUCUCUUUUUUUUUUUUUUUUUUUUGUACGUGCAUGUUUGAUUUCAGCUCCUGUUUUACUGUAACGCUUCUCUUUGCCUUGUCUUUAGUUGGAGGUCUUCUUGCUGUAUUAAAGUUGCUGGAUGUUUCUCAGAGGUGUCUGAGAACUUAGGAAGGGGGCGAAGGAGACGCCCCGUCAAUCAGUAGCAGCUUUUAUUCCGUGUCGAAUGUUCGGGAAAUAAAAGUGACCUUCGCCAAUCAUGA